AUGCCAACACUGGUAGAAGAAACGAAUUCUGGUCCAGACAUGGCCCCUGUCGUCGCAGAUCCUUCCGAAUUGACACUUACUGUUGGUGGUGUGACUUUCUCGCUCACACCCUCCGACAAUGACGCUGGACUUUCCUACAAGCGAAACGGACACGAAGUCUUGUUGUCACUCUCUUCGUUUACUGGCUCUAUCAAGGUCAGUUUAAAGGGCGAGGUUAUCACUGCCGCCGACUCCCCCAAGUACAAGCAACCCACCGCUACUGUUGAAGUGGAGUCUCCAGUUUUUCCCUCUGGACCAAAAUCAAAGCGAGGAAAGGCUAGUCAAACCAAAUUGUCAUUCGUCAAGACAACCUCCACUACCAAGAAGACCAACAAGGAGAGCAAGCGUACUGUCGAAUUGGUAACUCCCAGUGCCAGUGCUAAGAAGAGUCGCAAGGCAAUCAAUCAUGAACCCCCGAACCUGGGUCAGACUGAAAAGCCAACACAAGAAGCAACACAAACCCAACCGGAUUUGUCACAAACCAUGUCCUCACAAGCUGAUGAUGCUGCCAUGAGCAAUCCUCUCAUGCAACAAGAACGAACCCAAUCCAGUGGUCAUAGCGACGUACAAUCCAGCACUUCAGUUCGAGACAUUUUGGAUCGGGUGAAUAACAGCAAUGACGACGACUCUGUGGCGACUGUUCCAAUGGAAGACGACGACGAUUCCGUCUUCGCGGAAAAUUCACCUCAAGAAACGACUCAGGCAGAAAGUGAAACUAAAAUGGACGACGACAAGAUUUCAACUGAAGCUAAGGAGAGCAUAGCAGAGUCACCAAGUGCCAUUCCUCGAGUCCAUCCUUCUCCUAGCCCUCGAUGGGGUCACUCGAUGACCAAGAUCAAUGGCGAAAAGGUUUUGAUCUAUGGAGGCCAAUCCUUUGACUUGGAAGGCAAUCCCGUCAUGUUAGAUGAUGUCCACGUCUAUGAUAUGACUAAUGGCUCUUGGAACAAACCCAUUCAAUGCCGUGGUGAUAUGCGUCAAUGGCACUCUUCCACGUAUCUUCCAGAGCGUCAACUUCUCAUUACCUUUGGUGGAGAGACCAUGGAUCCAAUCAAGAAGAACAAGGUUAUUACCAGCAAUAGUUUGAAGUGCCUCGAUACCGACAUUAUGUUGUGGUACCCGCCAGCGGUGAGUGGGGACAUUCCAACAGGACGCAGCGGUCACACAGCUACUUUGCUUCCAAACACCAACGAGUUGGUGCUCAUUGGAGGAGUCAAGGGUGCGAGAUGGCUCAACACUGUCAGUGUAUUGGAUACCGUUCGUUGGGUUUGGACCGCUCCGAAAGUGGAAGGUUUGGCACCAAAGCCGCGCUCCUAUCACUCAACAACUGCAGUCAAGGGCAAAGGCGAUACCUACAAGCUGGUUGUUUUUGGUGGAAACAACAAGACAAGCUGCUUCAAUUCGGUUCAUGUUUUGGAAUCCAGUGAACAAAACGUCUGGAAAUGGUCAAAUCCCGUCUGCGCUGGAAAGGCACCUUUUCCACGAACUGGUCAUUCUGCUACGCUUUUGGAUGAUGGGAAGACAAUUUGCUUCUACGGAGGAUGGGAUCCCAACGAGGAAGACACCAAUGGUGGUGAAGACAACAUCUUCAAGGGUAGCUUCUUGUUGGACACUAGCACUUGGACAUGGAGUAAGGGACCCAAAGCAUCUCCCGGAGGUAGUGGAAGUGAAUUCUUUGUGGAGGACUGCGGUCCAAAGCGAUGUGGGCACGAGGCUGCCCUCAAUGCCCAGACCGGAGAAGUUAUGGUCUUUGGUGGACGAAUCCCAGGCGAAAUCUUGGCAGGGGAUUAUCAACGGUUGCCAACAUCAUCAUCCGAGCAGAUGGUUGACAUGGAUGAAAAAUGA